ACCAAUGGUGGAUGCUAUUGGGAGUAUUGGUGUGGGAUAUAAAGCUCCUUCUUAUAAUGACAUGCGAGUUAAUUUAUUGCGGGAUUGCAAGAAAGAAUGUCAGUUGCUUAUUGAUAGCUACAGAAGCCAAUGGGCUAAUUGUGGAUGCACAAUUAUGGGAGAUGGUUGGACGGAUCAAAGGCAAAGAACUUUGAUUAAUUUUUUGGUGUAUUGUCCUACAGGAAUAUCUUUUGUGAAAUCUGUUGACGCCUCAGAUAUUUUAAAAGAUGCCACCAAUUUAUGUAAUUUAUUCAUGGAGAUUAUUGAAUGGGUUGGGCCGGAUAAUGUGGUUCAUUUGGUGACUGAUAAUGCAAGCAAUUAUGUUGCGGCAAGAAGGUUAAUACAUGAAAAAUAUGAUCAUAUAUAUUGGUCUCCUUGUGCUGCACAUUGUCUGAAUUUGAUUUUGAAAGAUAUUGGAAAAAGAGAUCAUGUAGCGGAGCUUGUAUCACGUGCUUCCAAGGUGACUAUUUUUGUCUACAACCAUAUAUACAUACUAUCUUGGUUGAGAAAAAGAUCUGGAUGGAAAGAGAUUGUGCGUCCAGGAGUAACACGUUUUGCUACUACAUUCAUUACUUUGAAAAGUAUCUAUGAUCAUAAACAUGACUUGCAAGCAUUGGUAACAGAUAAGUAUUACACAAGUCAUAAGUUAUCUAAAAGUCCAGUGGGUAAAACAGUUACUUCUAUUAUCUUGGAUGGCAAAUUUUGGGAAGAAUGUUUAUUUAUGGUGAAGAUUGCAGCUCCCAUCAUUAGGCUUUUACGUGUUGUUGAUGCGGAUGAGAAACCUUCACUUGGUUAUGUUUAUGAAGGCAUGAUUAGGAUUCGAAAAGCAAUCAUGGCCAUCUUCAGAAACAAGUCUACAAUGUAUGGUCCCUAUAUUAAAAUUAUUGAUGAGAGAUGGGAUAAGCAUUUGCGGCGAAACCUUCAUGCAGCUGCUUAUUUUUUGAAUCCCGCUUUUCUCUAUGAUAAAGAAGCAUUUUGUGAAACUCCAGAAGUGAUGCAAGGCUUGUUAGAUUUACUUGAAAAGAGAAGUAUAUGCAGUGAUAGUGAAAAGGCAAUGAGGGAGAUCAGAUUUUAUCGGGAUCGAUUAGGAAGUUUUAGUCGUGAAUCAGCUCUUUCCUCUGCUAAUAAAAUACAACCAGAUGAAUGGUGGAGGCUAUUUGGAUAUAGUACUCCUUUCUUGCAAAAAGUUGCUAUUCGACUCCUUAGUCAAACAUCAUCUUCUUCAGGAUGUGAGCGUAACUGGAGUGUUUUUGAGCGAAUUCACACCAAAAAAAGAAAUAGAUUGGAGCAUCAAAGGCUUAGUGAUCUUGUAUUUGUAAAUUAUAAUCUUCGUUUGAAGUGCAGGCUUCAAUACAAAAAAAGAAAUUAUGAUCCGGUUGAUUAUGAUUGCAUUGACAAAACGGACUUUUGGAUAGCUGAAGAAGAAGAAGAAGCAGAAUUCGUAGAUGGAGAUAUGGUUGAAGCAAUAUAUGCAGAAGAUGCUAUUCCAACUUUGGAUGAAAGCCAGAAUCAAGAUGACGUGGAUAUGAAUGAACUCAAUGAAGAAGUGGAUUUUGAGUUAUUUGGUAAUGCAAGCUAUGAUGAUGCAUUUGAUCAACAUGAGAACUUGGGGCAAAGAGAUGAUAAUGAGGGUUGAAUACACCAUCAACCAUGAUUUGUGAAUUUUGUUUAAGAAUGAACUUUCUAGUGAAUUUUUCUUAUUCAAUAUGUUGUAUGGAUUUUAUUUGAAUGUGCUAAAAACUUUUGUGUGUGAGACUA